AAUUUCAAUGAUUCCACACUUUUUACAUCCUAUAAUAAUCAAGUAGUGAAUAAGAAUGGUCUUCCAUCAAUUGAGAAGUCUAUUAUUCAAAAUCAAUGUUGUGUUGAUAUUGACGUGCACAUAAUUGCAGGCCAUUCAUCGAUUUUAAGAGAUCGAUGCGAAGAUAUUUCUCUGGAAAUCUUUCAUUUAAUUCUUGAUUUGUUAGGUAGCAUUAAUAUUUUAGAAUUUAUUAUAGCUGCAGAUAAGACGGAACUUCUGAAACUAGUUAUUUCAUUAGAAAGUCUUCUUAUUGAUGCUUAUUUAAAGCAACCACGUCUUUAUCUGAAAUUGUAA